AUGAAUUCUUUGAUAACUUUGUUUCCUGCAUAUAUAUUUAUAUCCCUAAUAUUAUUUGAAACUGUGGUUCAAAGUGAUUCAUAUGCUGUAAAUCAAAGCAGUAAUGCAGAAAGCCACGAUUGGAGCUAUCCUGAAUUCGGAAAAAUAUCCCUUCACAAUACAGGAAGGUGGUCGGAAAAAGUGGCAAUACAAAAUUAUAAUCGAGAAGCUGAUAGAAACGUGACUUCAAAACGCGGUAUUAGGACUUAUCAAAAGCCAUCCGAAAAAAUAUCCAGGCAUAAAUAUAAAUACAAGCCUUCAAAUGCUCGAAGAAAAAAUAUUAGUCCCCAUUAUCCUGAUGAUAGUAUGGAAAGCAAACAUUAUAAUACAUAUGAGGAAAUUCAUGAGCACAUAGACGAAGAGGAUGGACAAUACCAGGCAUCAGAGCAAAUCGGAACUCAAUCUAUCCUGCAUGAGAGCGCUAAGGACAAUUCAAGUAAGCAGGAUAAAAAGCGAAUGAAGGUUAAGAUCAAACACCACCAUCACCACCAUCAUCACAACCAUGUAAAGGAACUCAUAAAAACCGUACCACAACCUUAUCCAGUAGAAAAAAUUGUUCACGUGCCGAUUGAGAAAGUUGUGGAGAAGAUCGUUCAUGUUCCCAAGCUUGUUAAUGUUACGGUUGAGAAAAUAAUACACGUUCCAAUAGAAAAAAUAGUGGAGAAGGUAAUUCACAUUCCAAAGCCCGUUCAAGUUCCAAAACCAUAUGUUGUGGAAAAAAUCGUUGAAAAAAUAGUCCAUGUCCCAAAACCAUAUCCUGUCCUUCGGACUGUUCCGUACCCGGUGGAAAUUAAAGUUCCAGUUACCGUUGAGAAAAAAGUGCCGGUUCCCUUUAAGGUUGAAGUUGAACGAAAGGUUCCGAUUUACAUACGAUCAAAUGAGCCAUACAAAUUCGAACCAUCAUCAUCUUAUGAAAAUUAUCCCCAUGCUGAAGAAUUUAAAUUGAACAUGGAAUUGGACCAUCCUCCCGCUAUAGAACACGAUCCUUCCUCCCUGCCGUCAUCCAACUUCUAUAAUAGAGUAUACAAAUCGAAGGAAUUGGCAGACGACUAUCAAAAUGCAAUACCGCCGCAGUAUAAGCAUGAAUACCUACCCAAAAGUAGUGCUGAACCGACUGUGAUUGGACGUGGAUCGGUUUCCCUUGAACUUGUUGGUCCCCCACCUCGUUACAAUAUUACGGGAAAGGAUCUAGAGGGCUCAAACUCAGCUCCAGAAUUCGUGAAUAGCUCAAAUGUGGAUCUAAGUCCACAGGAAUCGGUUAAUGCUUUUCGCGGGAUCCCAUUCUCCGUACCAUUUCAUUUUGUUCAGCUGCAACCAAUGGGUUUUCAAAGUCCAAUAAAUAUGGAGUUACCCGCUCCAUCGACAGCGAUAGACGGACCCCAUAAAUAA